CGCCAUUAAACAAAAUUUGAGGAAAAUUUUUCUUAAGCAGAAAAAAAGACUAAAACUGACUAACAGCAAGAACCAAACAAUUGCAUACUCUUAGACAUACAGGAACACCCAUCUGAUUUUUCAAACAUGCGCAGUUUAUUACUCUUAAUGUUUCUCUCUCUGGUUUACGGAUUUCUCCUUGAUACCAAUAAGAUCCAGUCUGGAAACCAACCAACAACGCAGGAUCAAUACCUGACAGUGUCCGAAUUUUUCGAUUCUAAAACUGAAUUGCAAAACGGUAUCCAACAAGCACGUCUGGAAACGAACGGAUUACGGCAUGAUAUGGACAACAAACUGACCCUCCUGACGUCUCAGAUUCAGCAAAUUCUUGGAUCAUUUAAGCAACAAAUAAGCAAAAAUGAUACAAUAGUCGAACUACAAGACAAAUAUGGUGACCUGAUAGAUAAUUUUACCAUGCUACAAAAUAAGUAUAUUCACUUGCAAGACAAAUAUGUGACACAGGAGAGCGAGUUAUUGUUCUUACGGAACAAAACAUCAAGUUUAGAAAGGAGAGUAACAGACUUGGAUAAUCUUAAAAGUGUUCAAACUAUUAAAAACGAAUUUGAGUUAAAGCAACAAGUGCAGUUAUUACAAUCCGAAACGCAUGUGUUGACCGUGAAUGAGCAAGCGAGACGUCAAGAUUUUCAAGCCUUAUAUAAUCUAACACUAAACUUAGGAAAGAAGGCUGAUAAACUCGAUGACAAAAUCCAAAAUGCAGAUUUUAGAAGUAAUAUGUCACUGCUGGACAUUCGCAAGGAAAUUGAUGAUUUAGCGCUAAAUCAAACGAAUCUAACCAAUGCGAAAGUCCAGAAGAUUGCAAAUGAUACAAGCAAAUCACUUGCAGCCAUCAACCAACAGAUUGUUAAGACCAAUAAAAAGGGUAGGUAA